AUGUCUAGUGAGCCACCAAAGAUUUUAAGAAUUAAAAGAAAGAGACAUCAAGAUCCAUUGCAAGCUUUAAUCCUUGAGGAUAGACGAAAUGUCAAGCGUUCAAAACCAUCAUCACCAACUGCAUCACCUAAAUUAUCACCAAUUGCCACACCAAGAAGAAUAACAUCUAAAGAGAAUCUUAAUUAUGUAUUUAAACUAGCUAGAACUGAUGAGUCAGAUAAAGUUAAUGCUAAUGAUGCAUCUAUUAUUCAAACAAUUAUUGCUGAAUCCCAAAGAGGUUCGAUUGAUGAAAGUCCCUUUCCUGAAAAUAAUCAUCAAAAGAGAAAUUUCAUUAUUCCAAAACAUCAAACUGAAGAAGAUAUACAAAUUCCUAAUGAAUUAUCAGAUAUGGUUGAUAGUUUUCUAACUUUGGAACAUGAUGAUGGUAAAAAGAAAAGGAAAUUAAGAGGUGGGAAAAAUAGAAGAGCAAGUAAUGAUUCAUCUUCAGGAACUUCAAUGAACAGAAAUCAAUUACUAAAUAGUGAAGAAGUAGAAGAAUCUCAGUAUGUUUAUGAUGUUUAUCAAUUAAGUGAAAGUGAACCAUUAACAACUGCAAAUCAUCCACUGUCACAAAUUGGAUAUAUUCGAUUUUUUGAAGAUGAUAACGAUCAAAGUUUAUUAAUAAAUGAAGAAGAAGACGAAAAUAGACCAAGUGUUUUAACAGAUGAUGAAGAUUCAAAUGCGGAAUCUUUCUAUCAGAAUGAUUAUCCAAGUGAUGAAGAUGAUGGUGGGUUAAUUGUACAAGAUGAUAUGUUAAAUAAUGAUGAUAUUAUUAAUGGUAAUAAUGACGAAGAAGAUGAUGAUGAUGAAGGUUACGUUCCUCAUGAUGGAGUAGGUUUCACGGGAGAUGACGAAUAUUAUGAUUAUGAAGAAUUGGAAAAUUUGGAUAAUGAGGAUUACUAUUAUGAAGGUAAUGCUGGCGAUGAUGAAGGAGAAAGGGAUUUUAAAAGAAAUAAAUUCUUUGCAUCCGAUACAGCAGACCCAAUGGCUAUACAUCGAGAUAAAGUGUUUGGCAAAUUAGAAAGAAUGAUAAACGACUCUAAAUAA